AUGUGGCGCCACUUCUCUUUACUACUACUUCUACUCUGCUUCCGAGCUACUGGGGUGUAUGGUGAUUUAGUCUCCGCCCAAGCAAAGAAUGGCACCAUUCAUCUCCAUUCUGAUGGUACUCAACCCGCUCAUUUUAUCAUUGACCAUGGUCAUGAUGUCAACGGGUUUACUACUUUCCACGUCGUAAGGGCUUCUGGGAAUACCUCUGCCUUUAGUAUUGCGCAUAGCGAGUCAAGAGCACUACUCGACCACUCGCAGGGCGGAGUCAGAUGGCAGAUGCUCACUCUCGCUUCAGCAGGCGACCUUACUCUUUCGGAUGUGGGUAUGAUUCCUUCUUACUAUACGACUAAACCUCAAGGCUUUUUCGAGUGUUCAAAUGCAAACUGGACCAACGUGUGGGACACUGGCGCGCGAACACUAGCAUUGAGCAUGAUCGCUGCUGAAUCCGUCCCGGAGUUUUGGCAGAUACUACCCCAAGGGGCCCUCGUCGAGAGCGCGGCACCUCAGCCUUUUGCUGGUCUACAGGCGCAAUCACUGACUUCUUACGAGAUAGAAUUUGAUGUCAGACCUGUCGUCGGUGGCUUCAGCUUCAAAGUCCUGAGCGAUACACUGGGAGAUGGCAUCUAUAUAUGGCUCGAUAUGACCAACUCUACUGUGCAGGCCUUCAGUGGGACAACAGAGGACGGGACACUCCUCGCGACCGCCAACUUGAACAAGACAAGUUGCUCCAUAGGAUCUUGGCACCACGUCUCUGCUUCCGUCAAUCUCUUGAGCAUAGUCGUCUCUCUCGAUGGCAAACCAGUGCUCUCUUUCUCCCAAGCUUUCAAGUUCUAUGGCUCCUUUGGGAUCGGUGCCGCAAAUGGUCAAUCCGCUAUUUUCACCAACAUGACCGUCACCUCGGCUGGUACUCAAAUCUACGCUUCGCCUUUGACCUCUAAUUCGGUUCUGGAGGAUUUCUUGGUGGGCACCAAUCCUCUUAAUGCCAUUGUCGAUGGCGCACGUCGUGACAGGAUUGCAUACGCAGGUGAUCUGGAUGUUGCUGCUCGGACGGUCGCCACGAGUAGCCAUGCCCUCGAAUAUGUCAACGACACUCUUCGUCUCUUGAGUUCUAAUCAAAUGACCGCGGGAUAUUUCGUACCCACUGUGAAGAUACAACAAUCUCCGAGACAAGGACUUAUCGACAUCAAUCAAACAGGCUUAAUCGGAUAUAGUUUCAAUCUUCUAAGUGCAAUGGGUGAAUACUACAUGGUCUCUGGAGAUGUUGCAGCUGCCAGAGCAUAUGCACCAGCUGCUUCUCGCAUGCUCGAUUGGGCAGCAUCGCAGACUCUGGACAGCGGUCUUUUCAAUCUCACCGAUAUCAGUUUUGGAGGCGACUGGAACUACUAUGACCCCUCUCAGUCAGGCAUAGUUGCGAAGUUCAAUGCGGUUUAUGCGCUUGCUUUACAGGAGGUCAUGCCUAUGCUCGCUGCAGCUGGUAUGAAGAUAUCAGUCUACGACAAGACUCUCAGCAUCCUUCGACAGUCUAUCGAUCGGCAACUCUUCAGUGAUGUGUUGGGUGGGUAUCUUGUCUCGGAAGCUCAACCCCAAGGCAUUGCUCAAGAUGCAAACGCCAUGGCUAUAUUGGCCAAUGUCCCUCAGGGCAACCACACAAGGCUCCAGAUCUCACGCUCCAUGGCUCGACUUCUGUUCGUGGAUCAUGGUGCCCUCCCCUUUNCCAAUGGAACAACCGGUUUCUCAAAACUUAUCAGCCCUUACGCGUCGUCGUAUCAUCUACGUGCUGCGUUCGCUGCACAAGACGCCGAGUCUGCUGCUUAUCUGCUAGACCAUACUUGGGUACCCAUGACACUGCAAAGUAAUGCCAAUUACAGCGGCUGCUUCUGGGAGACUUUGACUCUAGAUGGUGGUCCUGGGUUGGGUGAUGCCACAUCUCUGUGUCAUGCAUGGUCAUCAGGUCCGACCGCAGAGCUGACCAGACACGUACUUGGCAUCCAGGCAGUAGCACCAGCAUACCGUGAGUGGAGUGUUAUGCCCCAGUCUCUUGGCUUGAAGUGGGCUAGAGGAUCCCAACCUACACCUUAUGGCAGUAUCACUGUGGAUUGGCUUUAUGACGACAAUGAGCUCCUCACCAUGAGUGUCUUCUCGCCUUCUGGUACCAAUGGAACCAUUAGUCUGCCCUUGCCGCUCAGGCAGUCAAAUGCUACUGGCACAAUC